AUGGUCAUUGGCAAAAUUGCUCCCGUUGGCCCACCCCACGUCCCUCACGGCACAUCAAUUGUCAAGAUCUUUGUGGGGCCCGGAAAGAAAGAAUUGGCAAUGCACAAAGAUCUGCUCUGCGCCGCCUCCAAAUACUUCAAUGCCGCGUUCAAUCACGGCUUCGCGGAAGGUGAAGACGGCGUGCUCAAUCUUCCGGAUGAAGAGCCAGGCCGAUUUCAGCUCUUCUACGACUGGCUUUACACUGGCCGGGUGGUCGAGGGACCAUCAAUGUACAUGACAGAAGACACACAACUGUACAGUGAUGAAUUCUGGCUCGAGAUCUACGACAUGGCAGACCGUUUGAUGGUCCCAUCCUUGGGAGAGGUGGCAUUGCUUCGAUUGAGAGCGUUGUUCUCAGACGAAAUCCCACUGGUGCCCAGCCGCAAAUUCAUUGCUGCGGUUUUCGAGCGGGAAAGCGAGUCCUUGACCUUGUUGGAAAAGUUCCUUGUCCACCAUGUCUACUUCUGGGCUUACCGGUCCCAUGGGGUUACGGACUGGUCCGAAGUCGCAGCUUCCAAUGAUCGCUUCGGUCGGCUCAUAGGUCAGACUUUCCUCUCCAGGCUGAGUAACCCUACCGACUGUGACGUCCACCCCUGUGAGAUCUGGAAACACCAUGUCGUGGUGGAGACUUGCGAUGAACUGCAAGCUAAAGCAGGGAACAAGAAGCCAGUUCAAGGCAAAUUGCUCAAACGAGCCUUUUGAGCAGGUUAUUGCAUGGUCUUUUGCCCAAUUCCGUCCUGGCAGUGGUCAUCAGAGGAUCAAAGAAUGAGGUUUUGGUUACGACGGCUGGUUGGAAGGAGCUAUGCAAGUGACGGCAGAAGCCUGUGAAAUGGGAGGAUACCGGCCCUGCAAUUAGAUAGACAUUGACUCUCUCUCUCUCUCUCUCUCGCUCAUGGUGAGAUGAGUUUAGC